AUGAGUUAUUUUAGCUUGCAUCAACGAGACAAUGGCAGCAGAACGCAGCUUUUCGAUUCAAAGUUUGACAACUACACGACAAGAGCCAGUUCCCCGUACGAUAAGGGUGGCAACUUAGACAUCUCGCAGUCAACCUUAUCAAAUUUGGAGAAUCAGAGCGACCGGCACGUCAGCGCCAUGAGCGAGAGAUUAAGUGCUCUUAAGUCCUUGUCACUGAAAAUGGGUGAAGAGAUCAGGGGUAGCAACGACACAGUGGAAAAGCUGGGCGACGUAUUUGAGGGCACCAGCCAGCGGCUGAAAACAACAUAUCGGGAUAUGAUGAAGAUGGCAGGAAACUCAAGGGUGCCGCUCAAAACAUGGCUGAUGAUAUUCUCUGUUGUAUUUCUGUUCUUUAUGUGGAUCUGGAUAUUCUAA